AUGCCUUUUCGCAGCCCAACAUCGUCUCCGAGCCCCUCAGGCUCAGGGUCGUGGUCAAGCUCGACGUUGACAGCAACCCAGGGACUUUCCUCCUCCCAGACCUCUCCUCGACCACCAUUUUCCUUUUCCCUGCCGCCCCCAAUACCCGACCACAUCCCUCAGAGCUCCCAGUCGACGAGAAGGGCGCCGAGCGCAGCGUCGACAAUACGGCUCAAUCAUUCGAGUGGGGGACUUGCGGCUGAUGCGACGAGCUCGCAGUUGGGUUUGAAUAGCAGCACCGAUAACGACACAUCGACGACGACGAACGUGAUGGACGGGAACGCUAAUGGAUACAUCACGCCUGAUACUUCCAUAUCCGCCACCCUCGCGCCGAUGACAAGCUCAGGCUCUAGCGCGCCGUUAUCUCUCUCUCACUCGCCUUCGCGGCCUCUUCCACGUUCCAAGUCCAAGUCACGACGGCACUCGACCGCCAAGGACCGGCCAGUCAGCACGCAUACACGAGCAUCGACGUACGUGGCCCCUGCGCACGACGUCCAGUUUCGACUUCUGCGGAGGUCCGGGGCAUCCAACAGUUCGUUCCUCAUGGUUACAUCCUAUCUCUCCGGAAUACAAGAACGGGCCAACACGUUGAAGGAGAUGAACAGGAAGAGGACGAAGCUGAAGAAGAAGAGACCGGAGGGAUGGGUUAGCGAGAAGGAGCGAGAGGCAAUGAAGAAGGAGCUGAAGGUGGAGAAGUCGGUGGAGGUGGAGAAGAGGAUCAGCACCAUGCCGAAGCUCAAGGAAGAGCAGGAGAUGGAUGCCAACACGAACGUGAAGGAAGACGGCAUGGAGCGCUGGAUGGGCAUGGUCACCGGCAAGAAGGAGAAGGGGAAAGGAAAAGCGAAGGAAGGUGUCUCUCGAGCCAAAUCCGAAUCUGACGCACGCCGCGAGUCGACGCUAACGUCGCGCACGGACAUCAAUACCACCAAUGCACCAGUUCUACCAACACCCAAAGCAAAGCCGAUAACUGCAGAAAAAGAAACGCGGAAACCAAUCAUCCUAGACACGCCCUCUCCGUCCAGGUCCAACACGGUUACAUCCCACGGCAAGAGUGCGAAGGGGAAGGGGAAGGCCCGUCGUGGGCGUUGUUCGAGCACAAUGCGCCCAGCGUCGACUGUUACGAACGGACAGAAACCUCGUUCUCGGUCAGUGUUCUCAGGCUACCUUAACCACCUCCUUUCUUCCUUCCCUCGGCUCGCGCGACUCCGCCUCCGAGCUUCCACCACCAAAUCCUCCACCCAACCACCAGCCUACCCGCGCCCCGCAAAAGGUCCCAGCACACCGAACAUGCUCCUACGCGGCCGGCACUUUACCGAGAAGUAUAUCCCGCGCUUCCCGUCGCGCCAGUUUUUGAGCGGGGUGCACACCCUGCAAGCGGAGGUGCAGAGUCAGAGCGGGCAUGGGCAUCCUGACACCGCUGGACCUCCGGGACGAAGUUCGACGUACAACGUAGGACCCUCUGGCGCCGGCAGUGGAAGUGCCCGUGUGCAGGAGAAGCCGAGAUCGCGCCUCUCUGAGCAGGGUCACGAGCGAGCGAGCUCAAGUGGACACGAGAAGCUCAGUUCGCAUGGACAUGGGCGAUCGCAGAGCUAUUCUGCUUAUCCAACCUCCUCUUCUCCGGCCACUUCCAAGACCUACGUGAAUGGAUACGCUACCGAGCAGACUCAAGCAUACACUUCAGCUUCGAGCGCCAUUUUGAGCGUACCUGCUCCGGCUCGAUCUCGGCCUUCCUCGUACUCUCCGCCCUAUUUCCCGCCAAGGGAUGGUUCGAAGUCGUCGGUCGGUUUCAACAACGUUGGCGCCAGCGCCGACAACAAGCAGGCCAAAGAAGCGGACGCGGAACUCUCCCAAGUCGGUCACGCGUCGUCGUCGACAGACCACUCCGUCUCCACUUCCCACUCGCCGCCAUCAUCACGGCACGGCCACGGGCGAUCGAGGUCGCACUACUAUGGCCAGUCUUCAUCGUCAUCAUCAACGUCUACAGCGGCACUUUCCUAUGCCACAGCGCAAUCGAGCACAGCCGCCCUUUCGUAUACGGAAUCUCAGUCGGCUGCACAUGCACAUUCGCGCCCGCUCUCUGGUUGA